GUACUCCGUACCCAUUUUCUAUUAUUUUAUUUUCCGUACUUACGUUCCGCUUCGUUAUAAAUAUUGCCACUGAAUUCUACCACACCAAUAUCAUACAGGGAUUCGCCACGACAUAAAGCUCUGUCGAUUGCUCAACAAAUGUGUCAGGAACUAAUGGAAACAUAGUUGGAAAGGAUUUUAUUCGGAAUUUAGACUAGUUUUGAACCCUAAAGAUGACGGCUGGUAAUGAGCUGUUGGAGGUCGAAGGUCUGGGGAGCCCGCCGGAUGGAUCUCUGGUUGAAGAGUCGCGCCAAGCCCUGUCCCGUAUCAAUGAUGACCUAAGGCAGAAGCUCAACGCUAUUGAUGCUCUUUCUGCUCCUGCUACCGUCGAUAUUGCAAAAUGGCAGGAUUUAAAGGAAGCCAUGGAGUCUCAGACCAAAACUGAAGCAGAAAAGGAAAGCCUUUUGCAUAAGACCGUGAUUCAGCUUCACGACUUGCACCAAUUCUACGACGGUCUCCUAGUCGCUGGAAAAUCCCUAAGCGGAACACCUAAGAGCAAUAUAAAGCCAGAUGAGGAGAAGAAAUCGCCGGCACAAGAAACGGAGAAGAGAAUCGGAGCGGCGGUACAGCAAGUCAAAUCAAGCAUGGCGUCUACCGUGCUCGAUCUCAGCGGACUUAUGCUCCACAGCCUGCCAGAGACUCUGCAGAAAUUAUCCUCCUCAGUUGUCAAGCUUGAUCUCUCUAAUAACAACCUCGAGACGUUGCCUGAAGCUGUGGCGAGUCUUGUGAACCUCGCAAGUCUGGAUCUUCACUCAAAUCAAUUGACAUCGCUGCCGGAUUCGAUCGGACGCCUGGUGAAGCUCAAAGUUCUCAAUAUUUCUGGCAAUAUGCUAGCUGCACUGCCUGAUGGAAUAGAAGCCUGCUGUGCCAUGGAGGAGCUGAUUGCGGAUUUCAACCAGCUGACUCGGCUACCGGAAGGUCUAGGGUUCGAACUCGUGAACCUCCAGAGACUUUCGGUGCAUUCCAACAGGCUUAAUCGUCUCCCGUAUUCAACCUCACACAUGAUGCGUCUGCGUGUGCUGGAUGUUCAUCUCAAUCACCUCGGAAGUCUUCCUACAGAUAUGGAGAACCUCACAAAUCUCGAAAUCCUCAAUCUCAGCCAAAAUUUCAACUACCUUUUGUCUCUUCCGGAUUCGAUCGGUGGACUCAGCGCUCUGGUGGAGUUAGACAUCAGCUACAAUCACAUAAAAAUGCUGCCAAACUCCAUUGCUCGUCUGGAAAACUUGCAGCGUCUUAAGGUGGAGGGAAACCCCCUGAUUGAACCUCCUCCCUCAGUUGUGGAGCACAGCGUAGAAGCAGUGAAGGAAUACCUGGGAGAAAAGAUGAAGAUGCCAAGCAGAAAGGGAAAGAAGAGCUCAUGGCUGGGACAUCUUAUGCCGACCAAAUGGGGUAGACGUGGGGCAGCGAGUGGAAUGAAGAACAAUUCAAGAGUGCUUUCGUUGAACGAAGAAAAUGACUUAUCUUCUGCACGACCAGGUCAUGAUCUGCUCACUCCCCUGCGCUUAUUCACUCCGGGACGCACAUCUUCACCUUUUCGCGCUUUUGCCACCCCUCUUCGCCCUAAGCGCAAGACGUACGCGGCAAUCUAGAGGUCUUCCGGAUAAUUGAAAUAUUCCCUAUCGUUAAGCAUUUUUAACUUUUUCAUGCACAGUUACAGAUACUUAUUAUGUAUAUGUUAGUUAUACUGUGUAUUUGUCAUUUUUUAUGUAUAGCUUUCACUCUGCCUAAAUGAAUAUAAGGUGUGUGUACCGGCCGUAGGAAAUACGUUUUUAUACGGACUGUCAAUGGCUAAAAUAUCUUAAUUUCGAGACGUGGUUAAGAAUGGAAGUCGUUGGUAAGUCUUAUUUAAAGGAUUAUGGUUAAGAAUGGAAGUAGUUGGUAAGCAUCAUUUAAAUAAUUAAUUAA